AUGGCUGAAAAAGAUGCCACCGCAAGACUGAGGAGAGCUGUAAAAGAAAACAACCUUUUUCUUGUGAAACGCCUCGUGCAGAGAACUGACAUGCGAAAUCCCGACCCCGCUCCUCGAAGGUAUACGUCACUAGCAUGGGCUGCCGUUCUGGGCCAUGAGGAAACCUUUGAAUUUCUUCUGAGUUCUGGCCACGAUGACGAGGAAUUAAGCAAAGAUUCGGAGAAUAACACCAUUCUUAUGCUUUUGUCAGACUUCAAAUCUUCCCCACCAAAUGUGUAUGCCUCACCCUCGUCUACCAUCGAUUCCACAGCCGCUACUUUGCGGAUGGCGCGCCUCUAUUACGACCGCUAUUCGUGGAUAUUAGACUGGUCAAACGUACACGGAAAGACGGCUCUUCAUAUAGCUGCGUUGAUUGGAAAUGAGGAACUUGUUCGAAUGUUGUGUGACCUCGGAGCCGAUUUUGACUUGGCUGAUAACAAGGGAAAUACACCUCUUCAUUAUGCAAGCUCAUGGGGCCAUAUACCUAUUGUACAACUUCUCAUUGAGAGAGGUUGUCAAUAUGCAGCAAGAAACAAUGAAGGUUUUACCGCCUCAGAUUAUGCUUAUUCCUUUAGCACAAGGGAUACGCUCCAGGACGCAGCACGAAUACAGUUCGAGAACAACAAGAAGCAGCGUCGAAAUAUAUUUGCACAGGCAGCUGCAAGAGGACAUGAGUGGGGUGGCACUCCCCCUGUUUCCAUUCCCCCACCAGUCCCAGCAAAGGACCGGAGUAUACUGCCCAGGCUAAGAAGCGGUUCGGGGACGAGCCGGACUACUGCCACCUCGGACAGUGGGGAGCUCGAUGGCGGUGGCCACGGACGAUCUCUGACCGUGUCUUCGUCGCCCUCCCAAUGUUCCACUGGAUCAAAUUCAUUCUUUCAGAAUCACCAGACUUCAGGCUUUCACACAGCCCACACAACGUCCACAAGUAGCGCGGUUACAUUCUCUGCUCCUUCUCCAACACCGAAAGGCUUAUCACCGAACCCACCAGCGUUAAAUCCGGUGUCCGCACUAUCACCUGUCGCCAGUCGUAUGCGGGAGCGAGACGCAGAUGCUAUGGAAAAGUAUCUAAGACGCAAUCGUAGUGGAAGUCAAGGAACCACUUCGACGGAUACCAAGUCACAGAAUGAGUCAAACUAUGCGUCAGCUGGACCAUCAGCCAAUGGUGACGAUAUCACGGCGUUGGGGAGCCACAUGAGUGGUUCGGUGACCCCGAGAAGGUUACGCCCAUCGAUGUCAGCAGCUCAGCUUCGGACCACACACGAAAUGUCCGGUGGUACAAACCAUCAUGAGAACAGAAAUCGCUCGGGCACAAGCCCAACGGUGUCGCGUCCAGCCUUCUCUCCGCUUCCACUCCUCACGAGAUCAUCCUCUACGUCUAACUCGCUUCGAUCGAUCAUCAGCGCGGAUCGAGAGUCAUUUGAAGAGCCUGAAAGUUAUACUGGACCUCCUAGUCAGUAUGCCCAGUUUCCAGAGCCACCAAUGGCGACAGAGGGACCUAACACUCCAGUUGCCGCUCUGGGUAGGCGAAAAGGUUUUCAUAUCCUUGCAAAGCCUUUGCAAAGCUUUGACUCCUCCAGUUCGAGCCACCGGCGAGGGAUGUCUGCGACAUCCGUGCGAGGAUCAUGA